UUAGCUUGGAUUUAGCUGGGUUUUCCCACUGAUUAUUGGAUUUGUUAAUGAACAUAAAGGAAAGGAUCAACUGACAUGAAGGGAACUUUUGGAUAAAUUCAAACAUGGCAGCUGUGGAUGCAUCCCUUUUGUUUUAUGUUAUACUCAGUGUUUUACACCAGGGUUUAGGUUUAAUAUCAGAUUACAAAGUAUGUGGAGACCCUGAAUGUGCAAGUAUGAUGAGUCGUGUACAGGCACAAAGAGACCAUAUUACACAAGACUGCCGGUUUCUGAACUUCAAAAAAGGAGAUAUGAUAACGGUUUAUUACAAACUCCUAGGAAAAAGAAGUGAUCUUUGGGCAGGAAGUAUAGACAAGCUGUUUGGAUUAUUCCCCAAAAAUGCUGUCAAAGUUGAUCAACGUUUUGUUAAUGAGAAAAUGGAAAUCCAAGUGCCCACCCAGGAAUAUGACUUCUUCUGCAUUGAUGAAAAUGGUUUAGUGAUUGAGAGUAACACUGAAUUUGAUGAUCUGGAAGAUGAUGAGCUGACUCAAGAAACCCAAGAGGCAGAUAUCAAAGAAGCUGAUGAUAAACUUAUUAAUAAAGAAGACAAUGACCCUGGCAAGACUUCUGUUGAAUAUGUUUCUGAUCAAAAUGGCCCAAAGACAACAGAAAAAGGUGGGUCAUUCUGGAUAGGCUCUGCUGUUAGUGGAUGGUUUGGCAGGAAUAAACAAAGCAAUGAUGAACAACAAGAUGAAAAAAAUUACCUAGAAUCCUUCAGAAGCAGAAAACUAGUCUUGGAUAUUGGAGAGGACCAUACUGAGGAGAAUACGAACUCUGGUGCGCUUGGUUGGAUCAGGGGUGAACUGACCAAUGCUUUUGGAAUUGAACAAAAGGAUUCAAAGGCUGAAACUCAGGACAGCAUUGAGAAACCAGCUAAAGGUUCUCAGCAGUCUAGCUCCUGGCUGAGUAUGGGUAUCGAUGUCUUGGGCCUUAGUAAGGAAAAUGAUCCAAUAGCAAGUAAAACUGAAGUGGAGAGUGCAAACGAAGACACUUAUAUGGAAGACCAGAGCAUUCUUAACCAUGAUCAGUCUUUGGAUUUGGUUGAAGAUGUGCAAAGACAUGAAAACAACCUAGAUCACAUUGUGCAUUAUGAGGACCAUGCCUUGGAGGACGCAAGAUCAGAAGAUGGACAAACAGAGGGGAGAGGACAGACAGGGUGGUAUGGAAGUAUCUACAAUGGAAUUUCAGACCUUUACAGCAAAGAGCAAUCUAAAAAUGAUGAGGAAGAUGAAGACAAAGACAAUGUGUCCAAAGAAGAAGAUAGCCAUGGAUCUUCUCCAAACACAGACGACAGUGGAAAAAAAGAGUCAGAAUCAAACUUACAAUCAAUAUUUUCAGUCAGUGGCCUCACAUCAGUGUUUGAUAACCUUAAUUUUCCAUUUCAGUCAGACAAAGUAAAGGAAGAUAUGGAAAGUGAUGAGAAAAAAACAGCAAGGGAAGGAGAUCCAGGGAUCCACCAAGAAGAAUGUGUCCACGAAGCAUGUCUCAAUUUUUAUACAAAUACACUAAUCUCAUCACAAGAGGCUGAAAAUAAUCAAAUUACAGAGGAAAAAUCAGAUAUAUAUGACUUAAAAAAUACAAGAAAUGAGUCAGACUCUGAGGAGCAGGACCAAUUGGAGAACAGAAUUAAGCAGGGUCAAGAGGUGGAGGAUGUUCAGACCACUGAUCAGGAAAUAAUACAAUUUGAUGUCUGGGGAGCUUCAGAAACCAAGAAAACUACUUCCCAAUUAAACAGUGUCCUAGUUCCUGAGGAGAAUGAUGAUUCUGAAGAAUCACAGACUGAUGAAGGGGAUUUUUAUCAGCUAGCAGCUUUUAUUGGUGAAGUCACAAUUAAUGAACUUACUUCUAUAAUGGAAAAGGUUGUGUCAGCACUUCCUGAUGACAUCCGGCCUGGCCCGGACUUAUAUGGACUGCCAUGGGAAGCUGUGGUUUUCACUGUGUUUUUAGGUUUAUUCACUCUGCUUCUGUUCAGCUGCAGGUUCAUUCAGUCCAUCAAAAGCAGACUAUAUGCAAGUAAAGAGAAGAAAAUGGCACAGAAAGUGGCAGAACUGCUUGAUGAAAAGUGCAAAGUGCUGGAGACAAUAAGUGAGGUCAAGCAGAAGUAUGAGAAACUGGAAUUCACACUGCAGAACAGUGGCAUGUCUGCUCAAGCAGUAGAAAAAGACAGUUUAGAGGAGUCAUCACAGAAACUUGAACAAUCAAAUACCCAGAUGAAAAAGGAAAUUGAAAGGCUACAAGAAGAGCUGUCACACCAAAAUAAAGCAAGAAAACAGCAAGAGGAUCAGCUUGCUGAGUUAGAGCAGACCUUAAGGAAUUUGGAAGAAGAAGCUAAAGAACGAAAAUCACAAUUAGAACAGGACAACACAACACUGAAGAUCCAUGAGAUCAACACAGAGCGACUGCAGAAAAACCUGCAGGUGGCCAAAGAAGAGCAUGUAAUGUUGCUGGAGAGUAAAGAACAGCUGGUGCAGGAGGCUGAGGGCUGGGGGGAGCGUCUCAGUGAGUUGGAGGAGGAGAUGAAGAUGUGUGAAAGAUCUCAUGCUGGCAUGCUGGAGGACUGUGCUAAUAAAGAUGAACGCAUUAAUUCUCUGACAGAUUGCCUUUUGAAGAUGAGAGAUUUGGAUUCAGAGGAUGAGAAGAGCGUUGACAGUAGUAAUAACACUUCUGGAACAGAGAAUGGAGACCGCUCAGAUUUCCAUCAGAAACAGAAAAUACAGAAACUUAUUGAAGCGGCCAAGAUGAGUGCAGACUUGAAGUCCAUGGAGGAGGACAAGAACAGAGUAUUUGCCAAACUCACUGAUGAAAUAAAAGCCAAAGAAGAUCUUCAAGAGGGGAUCCAACAGCUUGAGGAGAAGAAGGAGAUGUUUGAGUCAGAGAGUGCCAGAUUCUCCAGUGAAAGCCAGAAACUCCAGCAGAAACUGCAGAUCAUGACUGAGAUGUACCAGGAGAAUGAACUUAAACUGCACAGAUUGUUAACGGUGGAGGAGAAGGAACGCUUGCAGAAAGAGGAGAAACUGGACAAGGCAGGAAAGAAGAUCAAUCUCGCUGCUGAGGAGCUCAACACUUACAGACAAAGAGGCAAAGACCUGGAGGAGGAACUGGAGAGGACUUCACAUGCUUACAAGAAUCAGAUUACUUCACAUGAGAAAAAGGCCCAUGAUAACUGGCUGGCUGCAAGAGCAGCGGAUAGAGAUCUAGCUGAUGUGAAGAGAGAAAACGCCAAUAUCCGUCAGAGGCUGGCUGAUGCACAGUUUAGGUUGGAGAUACUUGAAAAGGAUCCGUAUGCACGAGAGGACAGGCCUCUUUUUAGAGGUGAGAGGUCUCCAUAUGGACCAUCUCCUCUGGGCCGACCUUCCUCAGAAACUCGGGCAUUCCUGUCCCCACCAACACUAAUGGACGGCCCCCUUCGACUUUCACCACAGUUUGUCAUGGGCCCUGGUGGCAGAGCAUCCCGAGGUGUGGUAGAGCGCUCUAGUGGUAGGCCAGACUUUGAGCAGAGUGGUGCACACUCUGAUAGUGGCUCACUGUCUCCCUCCUGGGACAGGGAUCACAGGGGCCCUCCUGGUCCUACAGGUCACCCGCUCACAGAUCCAGGUAUGCCAUACAGGAGACCCCCUCCAGGGCCGUACCCUAUGGGCCCUUUGCCCCCUAGACCACCACUUCGUCCCGAGCCAUACUUUGGUGACAGAUCAGAUUCAUCAUUUUUGAGAAACAGCUCAGCUAUCAGUGAGAAUGAUAACAGAGAAGGUCCUCACUCUUUGCCUGGUGACAUGAGAAUGCCCCCUCAUCAAGAUACAAGAAUGGGGCCCCCUCAGGGCCCCCUUCUAAUGGGAAUGCCCCCACUGAUGGACCCUAGGGACCCUCAUUUCCCACAUAGGGGCCCUUAUGGACCUCCGGAGUUCUUUCCACCCCGUGGGCCCGGUGGUCCCUCCAUAGGCAUGCGAGGGCCACUUCCCCCUGGAAUGUUUCCCAGAGUUCCUCAACCGCUCCCUCAACAAAUGGGCUAUCUGCCACAGAGACCUCCAUAUGACGGUUUCCCUCCUGCACCGCUUCCCAGGCCCUCCCCACCAGGAAGUGAGCAGCCCCCAGGCCAGUCGCCCUCUCCACAUGAUGUUAUCUGAUUUUCCUCUCCAGCAUACUGUUUGCGACUUCCUGUUGUUUUGCUCAGGGGUUGUUUCCUGUGAUAUAAAACCGCGGUAGCCAUGUGGCGCUCUCUUAUGUUUCAAAUGUAUUUUAAUGGACACAGCAUAUGCCACUGAUUAUAUUUUGAAAAGGAAUCUUGUGAAAUUGAUUAGUGUAUUUCAGGUACAGUGUGCAAACUACAUUGUAUUUUGUGAAUCUGUUGGUAAAUUAUACAAAGUAAACAGGACUGCCUUAGAACAGGAUUAUAGGUGGUCAGGUUUGUAAUGUUAUGCUUUUUUUUUUUUUUUUUUUAAUUGAAGGUAGUUCAUAGGUCCACAUAUUUGUUGAAAUGUAUAUUUUAUAUAUGAGAGAGAGAAAAUGUAACUAGUAUAUAUUGUGAAUAGGAAGUUGUUUAACAUGAGACUUGGAAAGUCAAGUUAAGAGACUAUGGUAACUAAUAAGUCCAGAGAACCAUCCAUGUAGUUGUUGGUAUUUAUAGUUUUCUCAAAUAACAACUUAUGCCUUAAGUGGUCUAAAGAACCAAAAGUUGUGUACAUUAAAGAUGAUGUCAUUGAAACAUUUGCCUUAUUUGUGCAAAACUCAAGAAACCAAGGGUAUUUUGUCAAAGUCAAGACAACCAAUUGUAAUUUCAUAAUGCGACAUUUCUGAAUGGAUAUUAAAUUAAGAUUUUGCAUUUUCUUGCGUGUGCCAAAUCUAGGCGCAAGUGAGUUUGGUGAAAUUGCACACACCAAGCGCUUAUGGGCUGGGUCAAGUGCAACUUCAUUUUGAGGUUCUCCGACACAGUCUAUGUCCUGUUAUGUAGUCCAUUCUCUCAAGCACCAGCGAUACAAAAAGAUAGAAUAUUCAUAAGAAACUUGUAGUGUAAAUGGGCUGCGUGUUUGCAAUGAAUUAGAAGAAAAAUAUGGACUUUGUGCAUUAAAUGUGACCCUAGCUGAUUACUCAAAAUACUUCUAUGACAGUGAC